AUGCCCGGUAAGACUAACGGUAUCGGCAUCCAGGUGGAGGACCUCAAAAUAUGUGUCGUCAUGGUCGGUCUGCCCGCCAGGGGCAAGAGCUUCAUCGCGCAAAAAGGCAACCCAAUUGGAGUUCCUAAUACUGACUUUCGUCCAGCGCAACGGUAUCUGGGAUGGCUCUCAAUCAAGGCCAAGACCUUCAACGUCGGCAGCUACCGCCGCCAGGAAGACGCUCACCCCUCGGCCGACUUCUUUGACUUCCACAACGCCGAGGGUGAGCGGCGACGUCGCGCCGCCGCCGAAAGGGCCAUUCAGGACAUGCUCGCCUGGUUCCGCCAGGGCGGCGUCAUCGGCAUCCUGGAUGCCACCAACUCCACAAAGGAGCGCCGCAAGUGGGUUCUCGACAUUUGCACCAAGGAAGGCAUCGAGGUCCUCUUCGUCGAGAGUAAGUGCGAUGAUGAGAGCCUUAUCAUGGCCAACAUCCGCGACGUCAAGACCACCUCACCCGAUUACCAGGGCCAGGACCCAGAUGAGGCUGCUCUCGACUUCCGUAACCGCAUUCGCAACUACGAGAAGGUGUACAAGACGCUCGAUGAAGAUGGCGACGAGGACGAGUACACGUAUCUCAAGAUCAUGGAUGUCGGCAAACAGGUCAUCAUCAACCGCAUCCAGGACUACCUCCAAAGUCGCGUCGUCUACUACCUCAUGAACCUCCACAUCCGGCCCCGUUCAAUUUGGCUCUCACGACACGGCGAGUCGAUGUACAACCUUGAUGGCCGUAUCGGCGGUGACACCAUGCUUUCACCUCGCGGUGAGCAAUACGCCAGGAAACUGCCUGAGCUGGUCCGAAAAUCAGUCGGCGAUGACCGCCCUCUCACUGUCUGGACCUCCACGCUGAAGCGCACCAUCGCAACUGCUCGCUUCCUCCCCUCGGACUACAACCAGCUGCAGUGGAAGGCGCUCGAUGAACUCGACUCUGGCGUUUGCGACGGACUGACCUACCAGGAAAUUAAAGACCGUUUCCCGGAAGACUUUGCCGCCCGCGACGACGACAAGUACAACUACCGCUACCGCGGCGGUGAGUCCUACCGCGAUGUCGUCAUCCGCCUCGAGCCCAUCAUCAUGGAGCUUGAGCGUUCUGAGGAUAUCCUCAUCGUCACCCACCAGGCCGUGCUGCGCUGCAUAUAUGCCUAUUUCAUGAACAAGUCCCAGGCCGACAGCCCCUGGAUGAAUGUGCCCCUGCACACUCUCAUCAAGCUCACCCCUCGCGCCUACGGAACAGAGGAGGUGCGCUACGAGGCUAACAUCCCUGCUGUGAGCACCUGGCGCGGCAAGGGCUCGACCGCGAAACACGAGAACCCUACAGCGGAGUGUAGGUGA